CCCUCUGCCAGAGUAUCAAAAAUUUUCUCAAUCCAAAAGCUUCCUGAGAGAGAGGGAGAGAGAUGGGAGGUGAAAGGAGAGGAGAUGGGUAUCUGCCUCUCUUUGAAACGAGAGAAGCAACGGGUAGGAUUGCAUAUAGGUUGUAUGUUAUCUGUAUGUUUUUGGGCAUUUGUAUGAUAUGGGCGUAUAGAGCAACUCAUAUUCCAAGGAAAGGAGAAGAAGGAAGAUGGGUUUGGAUUGGUGUGUUUGCUGCAGAGGUUUGGUUCGGUUUCUAUUGGAUUAUUACUCAAUCCGUCCGUUGGAAUCGCGUCGACCGUUCCACCUUCAAGGAAAGACUCUCCCAAAGAUACGAAGACGAAUUACCAGGCGUGGAUGUCUUUGUAUGCACGGCAGAUCCUUCCAUCGAGCCGCCCAUCCUAGUAAUCAACACCGUUCUUUCGGUCAUGGCCUACAAUUACCCUCCAGAGAAGCUGAGCGUCUAUCUAUCCGAUGAUGGAGGGUCGGAUCUGACGUUCUAUGCUCUCUUAGAAGCAUCUCGAUUUACCAAGCAUUGGAUUCCCUUCUGCAAGAAAUUCAACGUGGAGCCCAGGUGCCCGGCAGCCUAUUUUUCCACCAUGUCUGGCCCACCUUAUAUUAGAGAGGCCGAGGAAUGGUGGGCCAUGAAGAAAAUGUAUGAAGAAAUGGAGAAUCGCAUCGAUACAGCAGGUAAGUUGGGUAGAAUUCCAGAAGAAGUGCGCCAAAAGCACAAAGGAUUUUCUGAAUGGAAUUCAGGAAUCACUUCGCGCGAUCACCAGCCCAUUCUUCAGAUAUUAAUUGAUGGAAGAGGAGACCCAAAUGCUGUAGAUAAUGAAGGAGUGACAUUGCCAACUCUGGUAUACUUAGCACGUGAGAAGAGACCACAACACCAUCACAACUUCAAAGCUGGAGCUAUGAAUGCUUUGAUAAGGGUGUCGUCGGAGAUGAGCAACGGGUCGAUCAUCUUGAAUGUAGAUUGUGAUAUGUACGCGAACAAUUCGGAAUCGGUGAGAGACGCACUGUGUUUUUUCAUGGAUGAAAAAAAUGGCCACGAGAUUGCUUAUGUGCAAUUCCCACAGAAUUACAAUAACAUGACGAAGAACGAUCUUUAUGGAACUUCCAUGAAGAUAAUUUCUGAGGUGGAUUUUCCUGGAUUGGAUGGCUAUGGAGGGCCUUUGUACGUGGGCACUGGAUGUUUUCACAGGAGAGAGAGUCUAAGUGGGAGGAAGUAUAAUAAACAAAAUAAGGAGAAAUGGGAAUCAAUCCCCAUUGGGAGGAAGGUGGAUGAAAGCUCACAUGACUCGGAAGAGAGAAUAAAGGGUCUUGCAACUUGUACAUAUGAGGAGAAUACUCAAUGGGGAAAUGAGAUGGGACUGAAAUACGGAUGUCCUGUGGAGGAUGUGAUUACAGGCUUGUCAAUCCAAUGCAGGGGAUGGAAAUCUGUAUAUUUUAACCCAGUGAGGAAGGGUUUCUUAGGGCUUGCACCCACCUCAUUAGCACAAUCUUUGGUGCAACAUAAGAGAUGGUCUGAGGGUGACUUUCAGAUACUUACAUCCAAAUACUGUCCCUUUAUAUAUGGGCAUGGCAAGAUAAAGCUGGCACUUCAAAUGGGAUAUGGCAUCUACUGUUUUUGGGCUCCGAAUUCCUUUCCAACACUAUUCUAUGUCAUCUUCCCUUCCCUUUGCCUCUAUAAAGGGAUUUCCUUAUUUCCGUCGAUCUACAGCCCAUGGUUCCUACCGUUCAUGUACGUGAUCAUUGCCGAGUACGCAUAUAUCAUCCUUGAGUCCCUUUGGCAUGGUAUGACACUCAAGGGCUGGUGGAAUGAACAAAGGAUGUGGCUCCUGAAAAGGACGACUUCCUACCUCUUCGCGUUCGUGGACACCCUCCUCCUCCUAUCAGGUAUUGCCAAGUCAGCAUUCAUCAUCACAGCCAAGGUGUCCGACGAUGACGUGUCCCAGAGGUACGAGCAAGAGAUCAUGGAGUUUGGAUCCAGUUCACCCAUGUUUACCAUCUUAGCUUCUCUUGCAAUACUCAAUUUGUUUUGCUUGAUUGGUGGGGCCACGCGAGUCAUGAUGGACGGUGGGAUUAGUGUUCUUGAGACGUUGAUGUUGCAGUUUCUUUUAUGUGGGUCAUUGGUUUUGAUUAAUGUACCUCUCUAUCAAGGGCUCUUUUUUCGCAAAGACAAGGGUCGCUUGCCAACUUCCCUUGCUAUUACAUCCGUAGUUGUAGCUGUGUUGGCUUGUUUAAUUCCAAUAUAUUAGAAGAUGUGGGGAUAUGGUUGGUUUAUACAAGCCAUUGAUCCAAUGUCCCUGUCAUGAAUGAAUAAUGAAUAAAAAUUCCUAUCAAGGAGGUUUUGAGUAUUUGUCAA